AUGGCCGCCGCCGCAGGGACGGACGAGGAAGGACUGCCAAUUAUUAGCGAAAAACAAUCGACGACGACGAAGCCAGAGCAGGAGUCACCAGCUGGAGCAAUAUGCGCCGCCCUUGUCGUCCUCGUCCUACUCAUCCUCGGCGUCGUCUACCUGUCCAUCGGCGUCGUGCACUUUUUCAGUCACUGGCAAAGGUUUUUCGGCCCGUAUGACCCCGUCGAGUACACCGUCACCAUCGCUGCCGUCUCCGGGCUCGACCCCGCGAAGGACCUGCAUGGACCGCCGGCGCUCCUCUACCCGGCGUUCAACCUGACGCUCCGCGUGGCCUCACCUCGCACGGCGGAGGACCGCGAGUGCGUGAAGCCUGGCACCACGGUGGAGGUGUCCUACCCCCGGUCGGCCGGGGUGCCGUUGGCCACCGGGACCGCGGCGACGUUCUGCGUGGACGUCGGGGAGCGCAGGGAGGAAGGCUCCGUCAUCGCGUGGGGCGACGGCGUGCGCCUGCCGGGGCUCGUGCUGGACAGCCUCGCCGCGGACGGGGCGCCGGAGUUCGGCGUCAAGCUCACCCCGCUCCCUGACUGUCGCAGCGGCUGGAGGUUCUGCUCCGACACCGUGGACGUGAUCUGGUGCAGGGCUAAGGUCGGCGGCGGUCCGGCUCCGUGUAGUGUCUUGAAAGAAAGAGUCUCCUUGCCGCCGGUGCAACGUCCCGGCGUCAGGGACUCGGCGGCCUAUCUUCCACAGCCAACGCCGUAG